UAUACCCCUAAAAAAGUUAGUGGAACAACAAUCAAGUAUUUAAGUAGGUAUUCACUGCGGUGUGCUCACAAUCAUCAUCUCUAAAUAAUAAACUUCAAUGGGAACUUUUCUUGGCCAUCUGGUACCUGGUUUGGCCCUUGCCCUUCUUGGUCUAUGGCAUACCAUAAACACCAUCGGAGCUUAUCACACUAAAGGCCCUACUAAGUUUAUCUUGAGAUUUUGGUACCCUUUGAAGACUCCUCUUUGCAAACUUGAACACAUUGAACUCAUUCUUGUCUUGUCAUUUUCAGUAUUUGCCAUUUUAAUGCAAAUCAUAGACUUCCCAUAUAUGCAGUUUUCCUUCAAGCUAGACAAUUUUGAACAUGCAACUAUGUUUCUCCACCUAGCUAUAUUUGCAGGUUACACUCUUUUCUUGGAAUACAAAAAUUCGUCUGAUACCCCGGUAGGCGUAUCGGGAGUUCUUGCGGCCUCGGUUUUCGGACAAGAACUUUUCCUACUUCAUUUUCAUUCAACUGAUCAUGUUGGACUUGAAGGGCAUUACCAUUGGCUGCUGCAGCUUAUCGUUUGCAUUUCUCUUGUGGCAGCAAUAUUUGCAAAUUGUUUCCCAACAAGCUUUCCUGCAUCACUUGUUCUUACAGUUUCUGUUGUUUUCCAAGGUUGUUGGCUUAUUAACAUGGGAUUUGUGUUAUGGAUUCAUAAGUUCGUCCCACUUGGAUGUACUGCUGAGUCGUAUAACGGUGCCAAUGGUACCAUGCUAGGGGCCGUUUUAUGUGAAACGCAAGAGGCGGAUUUGAGGGCAAGAGCAUUGGCCAACUUACAGUUUAGUUGGAUACUUGCAACAAUUUUGAUGGUUACAGCAAGUAUUUCUCUGGUUCUUGAUAGACAGCGGACACCACCGAGGCUGUCUCCCGAGUACGAGCAACUCGAUAGUAACCGAUCGCACGAUGUUGGAUUCAAGCAAAUCCAACUGUAAGUUGGCUUAACUAUGCAAUUUAUAUCUAACAACUAUCAAUAAUUCGAAAUCCAUCUGGUAUUGUGUUGUAUCUUGUAUCUGGGGGCUCUGGUGUAUCUAUUAUUAGAAGAGAUAAAAAAAACACUUUUGUUUUAUGGGUUUAUAACAUUAAGCUCAUGAAAUUAUUAAGCAAA